CUCGUGAUGUUAAAUUGCAGGCGCAUAUAUGCUCCGAUUUCAGAAUGAGUUGGAGCACAGUUGAAAAGUUAAGGCGCUGACUAUAUAAUCGACUAAAUACAAAAAUAAAUUCAGUACUUUUCAAUGCGUGAGAUAUAAGACGUGUGCCGUGCGAGCGUGAGAAGAGGGUCAAUGCGUGUAUUUCACGAUCAAUGCGUGAGAGUUGGCAACUCUGGUUCUACGCUAUACAAGUAAAGUGGUCAGUCCUGUCCGGAGAGUAGAGCUAUUCCUUUCGGUUCACACUUAUUUUUCUAUCAGGCUUAAGUGAUGAGGACCCUAAGGACUAGAAACACAGUUUUGGGAACAGGAUCCACUGAGCCAAACUCUUCAGUGGAACACAGUGGAAAGACAACAUCAGCUGGAAGAAAGUUUAAACCUUUAAUAUUGCCCCGGAUCCUAAGACGGAAUUCCAAGAGUAACACCAACAUCACUGCUCCAGAUGUCCCCAACACAUCCAGUGUUAUUACUGCCCCUCUCGAGGAGUUGUUGACUUUUGAGCAGAACCUUGAGAGAAAUUGCCUGUCUGCUGCUGGCCAACAGCUGAUUGAGAGAGAGGAGCGUCUAUAUGGACAGAUCUCAGAAGAGGUGGUUCAGUCGACCACAGAGUGGGAGAAGGAGGAAGAGCAGUUCACCAGAGAUCACAAAGCCCUCCUCAGCCAAAUAGACCUGGCUGUAAAGAGUUCUCUCAGUCCAGAUGAAGACAGUCUUGAGGCUCUGAAGUCUGCAGUGAAAGCUAUCCUACAGGAGGAGGAGCAGGAUAGGCGAUGGCUGAAGCAGGUGGGUAAACAGCCUCCCUGGAGGCCCAGUGAGUGUAGACGUCACCACAACACUGUCCUCCAGAGCCUGGUGGAGGAGCGUAUGGACAAUGCCGAAUUGCCUCCUGAAGAGAGCAACAAGCUACGCUCCUCCCUGCAGAGGGAUGUCUGUGGGAAGGGCAGGCGGCUGCAGGAGGACCUGCUGAGGGUGGUGAAGGAUGUGAAGGGCUGCUACCCAGAGGACAUGGAUAUCUGCAACUUCUAUGGAAAGAUGUAUCACCAAGCCUUCAGCGCAGGGAUGAGGAAUAUUGAAGAGUAUGGGCUGGGCAUGGAUGACUGCUCUUACCUCCUGUAUUGGGUGAAUGUUGCCUACCCAGAAAUUCUACAAAAUCCAGAACUGACCAAGGUGAUUAACCCUGAAAUGUUAGGAAAGCUGUUGACUGAGGAGUUGACAACACCAUUGGAGAAUCAAUGUCUUUCUCACAAAGAGACAGAGGUGCAGACAUUGAUCAACAAAGUGCUGAUGGUGGAGGAGCAAGCCUGGAUGGAGGGGUCUAUGCCUGAGCUCAGAGACGACUGUUACUUUAGCCCCUUGGCCAUCGACGUCAUUCAGUUUAUUAAUGCUGCAGUGAAAUCGAUAGAGACAGUUUUGGGAGCCAUGUCCAAAGUCCAGAUAAUUGUGUGCCUAUUGAAGGACUUCUUGAAUAGCUAUAAGAAAUUCCUGGAGAAAGUUCUCAAGGGAAGCAACAAUGGAAACAGCAGAACUGUGAUGAUGGCCAAUCUUGCCUGUGUUGAACAAUUUAGGGACUAUAUUGUAAACAAAGCCGAUAUCUUCCCAGUGGAUGUAAAGGAAUGCUGUCUGUCCAUAGUAGCUGAAAUGAAAAACAUUGGCUACACAUCUUUAACAAGCCCUAUACACAAGGAUCUCCAGUCUCAGUACAGAGAUCUGGGGACGCCUGUCUGGUUGGAGAAGAAGAAACAGGUGUUUGAAAAGCUGUUUGAAGGAAUUAACAAACACACCCAGGAUCUUAAGGGCUUGACUAACUCCUGUCAUCAGGAGCUGCUGAGCCAGCUGCACUUGGAAGUGACAGUGGAGUAUGUGAGGAGGCUACUGAAGAGGAAGAUAAAGCUGAGAGACAAAGAGAUGCAGGAGCAGGCGGCCAGGUCGUUGUGUGAGGAUGGCCAGAGUCUACACAAACUGUUCACUGAAGCGGGUUCCAGGGAGGAGUGGCUAAGUGACAUCCUUCCCAAGAUUGCUGAAGUGCUGAAACUCCAAGACAUUUCCUCCAUACAGCUGGAGAUAGUGACUCUGAGUCAAGCUUACCCUGAUCUCAGUGAAUUCCAGGUGUCCGCCCUGCUUAGCCUCAAAUCCAACCUUUCUGCCUCUGCCGUGAGGAGGGUAAAGAAGACCCUCCUGGACAACCAGGACACCACCAGCACCCAGGAUGUCCCAUCUUUUUUCUCCAAGGUACAGGUCAAAUGAGUGUUGAAUACUCUUAAUGGGUCACGUCUGCAACGCUCUUGUAAGGAAAGUACCCUAAAGAGGGGACUAGCGUGGUUCUGGUUCCGGUUCUGACUGAAAUGUUCGCUUAUAAAUUGUUCUGUGGACACCAUAGAUUGAAAUAGCAUGCAUUCAGCGAUAGCCCUAGAUUUCACGGACUCGGGACUAUAUAUCUUCCACCUGUAUACCUCAGGCUGUGAAAUCUGACAUCACUUGAAGCUGGGAUGUCCUGCCUACCAUUUCAUUCACUCUUCCAAUACUCCAUCAACUCCUGGCUGAAUGCUAUGUCACUGCCAUUGACAAAGCACAUGCCUGCAAUCCUUAGAUCCUAGCGUAGCAGGAGAGAAUGGUUUCAUCAAAGUCAUCAACAAUAAUUCAGAGAUUUUAAAUAAAUGUUUUUUUCUGUUUGCCAUAGACAGACAAGAUUAAUAUGAGAAGAAUGGCCAGUUCAUAAUGAGUAGAGAAUAUGCACAUUUUCUCUAACAUGAAACAUGUAUUUUACAGUUAUAAGGAAGUUGACAUUUUAUAGUUAGUCUUUUAGAAUUUGAUUGUACUAUAUUUAGAAAGCAUAUCCGUCAUUUCAAGCCUCAUUCAUACAUUUGUGUAGAAUAGCAAAUGCAUCAUAAAAUAUUUAAUAUGUGUAUCAUUUGUACUGUGUACUUGAGCGUGUGUCCUCGAAAGUGGCCACCUCAGCAAUAUUGUUUUUUAAAUACCAGAAAGGUGGGAUUUUAAUCUUUCUUGGAGUAUUCUGCAUUACAAAUGAUUGUUUAUUGCCAUCUCAUUAUAAAUAAUUACUUGUGGGUACAUAGAUUAUAAUUUAGAUGACCCUUGAACCACAUCAACAGCCUUGUCGUUUACAGGAUAGGCAUUUCAAGUGAGUCAGGCUGCCAAUUCUUCCAGGUUAAUGUCCCUAUAUCCCCUGGAAGACUGUCAGUUUUGAUAAUAGGUUGUGAUAAGGAUUUAAGGGACACCAUUCUUUGAUAUCCCCUGGGAUACCAUUGAGGAAGCAUGUUGUGUAUGGGACUGUCCAUUGAAAAAGAUCAAAUAAAUACCAUCCUAUGUCUCUAAUGGGGCCAUCCAAAACGCAUUCAAAUUGACUUGCUGAUUACUGAAUGUGUUGUGAAUUUCUGUACAUUUUGGAAUUUCCAAUAUCCGAGUACUACUCUCACAACCCAAAAAGACUGUUAGGGGAUUUCCCUUCUCAGCGGAAGCACAAUCACUGAUAGCCUUACUGCCGUUGUCUCCAUCUACAGGGCACUAUUGGUUCUAAGUCUUUCCAUUAGGCAUUUUUGAUGAGGAUUAAAACCACUUGACCUGAAAAUGAAAAACUUUGGGCAGUUUUAAUUCCAAUUUCUCUUUAAGAGUAAAUAAUAACUUGCCAUAUAGUACCUUUUAAAAAGUUGACAAAGACAUGUAAUCAGAGCUCCAAAUAUUGUGUUGUCGGUUGAGAACUUGAUGGUCAUGUUGUUUAGAAUGGGGUCGUUAUUGUCCUCUACCUGAGACUUCCCAGUUCCCACACUCAGCAGCAAAAAAGGCAGCCAUACCAGGCUGCAGACCUGGUUUGGGACAGGAAAAUGGAGUACACUUCCUGGCUUGUCUCCAGAACCUCCCAGGUCUGUCUCUGUGAAAGUCCUCCCUUCCAAUGCAGCAGGGUAGGCAGGUGCUCCAUAGUACUACAACAGAGGUAAACAUGUAACAAUACAUCAUAUUGGAGAUAUCAAGCCUGUACUCAAGCUAAUCCCUAUGGAGUAAAUUAGUCAGUGCUGUGGAUCAUGCAGACUUUGGAAACCCUGUGGCAUACUCAUCUGUGUGAAGUGGGGCUGUUUAACUUUGCACUUUUGCUUCUUAACGAUUUUAUGUUGUAUUUUGCAUGUUGAAUUAUUUAUGUAAUAAAAAGAGCAAUUCAUUACAUGUAUGUGAGGCA